AUGAAAAAAAACAAUAAGUCAAGCCAAAGUUCCAAGAGAUACAGGUACUCAUCGUUUCGAGACAAGAUUGAGAAUCUUCGGAUUGAACCUGCUAGGGACUUGAGCAAAAAGGCACAUCAGCAUGUGGAUACAUCUCAUCUGCUCUCUUCCUUUGAGCACUGGGAAGAUAUCAACAUGAGUGCGAAUUUUACAGCGGUGGCAGACGAUAUGAGAAGUUUGAUACAGACUUUACCACAGAUUUUGCACCACAAGGUCAAAAUUUUUGAUUUGCUUCAGAAAAAUAUCUCUAAACAUGAUCAUAACUCAUUGCAGCCUCUUUUAGAUCUUCUUGCGCAGUUCUGCCAUGAUUUAGGGCCUGAUUUCAUCGAGUAUUACGACAGAACCAUAAUACUUCUGAUAGAGCUAGUAGAUGAUGCUACGGAUACUGAGGCAUCGGAUAUUUUUGAAUGGGGCUUUGACUGCUUAGCCUACAUUUUCAAAUACCUGUCUAGAGUUCUGGCCAAAGACCCACUGCCGACUUUCACACAGCUUUUCCCACUUCUUUCGCAUCCCAAGGACUACUUGCAGCGUUUUUCUGCUGAGGCACUUUCUUAUUUACUCAGAAAGUGUCAGUUGAAUGUGUUACUUGCAUUGGUGAAGUCCUUGUUUGAAAGAGCAGAGGGCCCGAACGGCGAAGCAAUUUACGACGGUAUCGUAACGCUUUUUACGGAAUCUAUUCUCAAUACAAAGGGCACGCUACACUCAAGAGGUGGCAUAAUUCUGAAAGCACUUUUCCAAGAAGCGAUGGAAUGCAGUGCUGACUUGCGCUCCAUUUCUCUAUUUUCGGACAUUUUAAUGAAUGUUUUGAGACACGCGUCAAUUGAAGACGCUAAACCCGUUUAUGAAUUGCUUUUGGCUGAAAUAGAAGAAGGGCUCGAUCGCAAUGAGCUGUCGAGCUGUCCUAAGGUGGUCAAGAUUUUAGUUACUCUAUCUUUCGCGGAAAGUGGUAAAAAAGUCCCGGAUUGGUCAAGAAUCGUCAACAAUGUAGAGAAGCUUAUGGCACCCGCUUUUCGAGAAUCACUGAGCCAUCAAUCAACUUCCUUACUUUUUGCUACUCUUUUCCGGAACUUACCAAUACCGAAGUUGACUCAAUUCUAUCGAAAGGCCUUUCAAUUCUUUUUAGCAUACAAGCCAGUUUUUUUUUUGACCUUCUAUCAGCUAACAAGCAAACUAGAUCAGUCGAGGUUGAUUUCAUUUAGUGGAGAGAAAUAUCUUCAAGGCUUCAUCGAUGAACAUUGGAGGAAAUUCUCGGAACCCAUAGCGCUUUAUGUGUCCGAAACUUCUUCGAAUGAAUGCCCGAAAAAUCUCAAAAUUCCUAAUGAAUUUUCGAGCUCUCUACUAAAUGAUAUCGAUAGUUUUGGAGGGGACCUUAGUGCUGAUAAACUGCCCGGUAUUUUCUGGAGGCUUAAAAUACUAAAGUUGUCCACAACAACCACGGAUGCGGUGCUAAAGCCUCUUUUUGAAAAGCUCAUUGCAAAGCCGCACGUGUCCGAUUUUGAGAAAGAUGUGUUAGGAACCUUAGCACAAACGAUCAAAUGUGCAGAUGUCACCAUUGGCACUGAACUGGCCUUACGCAUGAUCAAGAAUUUUGGAAAGUUUCCAACAAAUCUUGAAUGCAUUAUCGGACUUAGAAGAUUAGUCAAUUUAUUCAAAACAGAAAGCCUCUCUACGGAACUCACUCACAAUCAUGCAUUUUUGCUUCAGAUAACGGAUAACCUCGUUUUCGCUGACCAAAAACUCAGAUAUGAGUCUUUGAAAUUGCUUCUGGCAGCGAUGGAACUGGCAGGACUGGAAGUCAGGAGAGAGGUCUAUGAAUUGAAGCUGGUAGAGGAGAGUCCGCACACUCUUGAAACCGCUCGUGACCUAAGUAUGAGAAUCCGUAAAGUUGGGACCGCUUUUUCGACAGCCAACACAGAUGAGUUGACCUGCCAUAUCAUCUUUAAGCUAUUGUUCGGGCUUUUGACGGUUCGAUUUUCGCCAUUAUGGGAAGGAAUAUAUGCAAGCUUCCCAGAACUUUAUGGUAAAAAUUCGAAGUUGAUGUGGUCUUUGUUUCUGAGGUUUUUGAACUUUUCCGAUUACACUAUAAAGUAUGACUACUCGAUCGCUACAGAAGCAGAUGAUUGCUUUCCUCAAGAGUGGUCAGUAGGAGUCAAGAGGCUGAACGACGUGCUUGUUUCAAGCAAAGAAAUAGACUCUCAAUUUCAGCAACCUGUGCUCACCAUUCUCAGAAAUUCCAGAGAAAAAACAUGCAUGUGCCCAUUUCCAGAGCUCAUUCGAAACCAAGCGUUAAAGGGCCUUUUACUUAUUCCUUCUUUGGCUGAACAGCACUCGAGGGAUAUAAUUCCUUAUCUCUUCAAUAGGAUUGAAUUAGAAGAAGUUUUUCUAGACGACAGUUCCUCCGGAGUUGCUGGUGAUGCACGUCAGUGGUCUGAUCAAGACAGAAGCAUGCUACUUAAGCUGGUAGCGAAGUUCAAAAAUAUCAGGUCAAUUUUUAAGUCAAGUGAGGUUCAUGGACGAAUGCUUGAUCUACUCAAGAGCAGAAAUGAAAACGUUCAAAGACUCGCCUUUAACGUUUUAAUGGCAUACAAAGAACCUAUUGCGAUGAUCUAUAAGGAUAAUUUGAAGAAUUUGUUAGAUCCAGCACUGUUCAAAGACGAAAUAAUCAAACUUAUUUCCAACGCUGAAACUAGUGUUCUGAAGCCCUCGGAUGAAGAUUUCAUCAUGCCAUAUAUUUUGCGUAUUCUUUAUGGGCGUGCGCAGGUGAAAGUAACAAGUGGAAUGAAGAAAAGUUCUAAGUCUGCGGUAAUGACUAUAUUGCCUAGCCUAAGAGAAAAACAUGUUGUUGAUUUUGUUCGAUUGGGAAGCAGCAAAAUUGAGUACAACAAGUUCUUUGAAGAAGAUGCUGAGAAUCCUAUGAGCAUCCAGGGCCCUAUUGUAGACGAUGUGUCGCUCAGAAAGAUGACGGGAUUCAUAAAAUUGUGCGAAGCAAUUAUAGCCCACAUUAGGUCCAGGUUUUUGGGUGCAUGUGAGGAAAUGAUCAAGCCAAUUGUGUUUGCCAUCCUAAGUUCCAAUUCUAUUUCAAACGGGAACGAUGUAGAGGCCCAUCAAUUAAAAGCCGCUUCGAAUUUGAGACAGGCUGCCACUAAGUGCCUUGCCUUACUUUUUGAAGUGGUCGGAGACUCUUUAGACUGGAGCAAGCAUAUUUCAAUAAUUUACCGCUGGGUCGUCGAGCCCCGGCUCAAAAAAUUUGAUGAUGAGAACCUUCAGCAACCGUCUUCGAUCAUGCGAGUUAUGGUGAGCUGGUCAGAUAGCACAAAGCUUCACGACUUCUUAUACCACGACAACUUUGUUCCUAUCAAAGCCCUUUUGAAAGUGCUGCGCAAUAAGAACGCUAAGAGCUCUACGGUGGAGAUGGUCCUAAGUUUUUGCAAUCGAUUGCUUCAAAGUGAAGAUGUUAGUGAAAGGUAUGAAGAAUCUAUAUCGCACAUUGCUGAGACGUGUCUGCUAGUACUACCUAAGUUAUUAGAAGGUAACCUGACUGGUAAGGCUCUGAACACUUCGAUUGAGAUCCUGCUUAAGUUGACUGAAGCUAAUUUGGUUAACGAUGAUGUAGCCAAGAAGGGCUUGAUAGAUUCCAUAACCCUAGCACUGAGCAAAUCUAAUGUGCACGAGGAAUCUCAGGAGAAAGUUAAACUUCUAAAAAUUCUGUCUUUCAUCAUUCCAAAUUACGAGUGCGAAUGGUCUGAAGUCGAACAGUGCUACAAGGCCUGCGCGACCCAAUACUCAGUUGCAAAGGAAAGAAAUACGAGGCUCGCUUUAAAUGAUGUUUUCGUCUCGAUAAGCAAACGCUUCUCAUCCGUCAGCACUGUCUCAAGGUUACUCUGCGAUAUCAAUUCUUACUCUUUACGUCAAAUGGAGACGUACAAUUUUGAGAGGAUUCUUCCUGCUUUCAAAAUAAUUGGCGAGGAAUACUACACGAAAUUUUCGGAUGUCCAAUGGCUGCCAAUAUUGCAUUGUUCACUUUUUUUCCUUCAGGACUUAGAUGAGUUGGCUUUGAGAACCAACGCUUCGUUUCUUCUCAAGCGCUUUAUCGACUAUAUCAAUGUUCAAACUGCCAAGAGGGAGACCGAGGACUCAAUUCAAUUGCUUAAAGCACAUAUUUUACCCAAUCUCAAGCAAGGGUUAAGAAGAAAAAACGAUGAUGUAAAAUCUGAGUACGUCGGACUCCUUGGAUACAUUGUCAAAAACUCGCAGCGUUUCACUGAAUUCGAGGAUAUGAAGGUCCUUUUGUUCAACAACGACGAAGAAGCUAAUGUGUUCGAAAAUGUUGUUCACAUUCAAUUACACAGACGUCAAAGAGCGAUCCGCAGGUUGGCCGAGCAAGCACCUAAUCUCAAAUCAACUAGUAUUGCCCACUAUCUUAUUCCCAUGAUCGAAGCUUAUAUGCUUGAUGAUACGGAAAAAUUCAGGAAUAUCAAAAAUGAGGCGAUACAUGCAAUGCAUUCGCUGGCCGGUAAUGUAACUUGGCACCAGUAUAAGGCUUUGUUUAGGCGGUAUCUCUCCUUAGUAAGGGUGAAUGCUCCAUUUCUGGCGGAACUCGUUUCGGUGAUAAUUGAGCUCUCUCGGCCCUUGGAAUCAUGUAGGAACAGCACUGGAGGCGAGGAUUCUAGUUCGGGGGUGGCCAUUAGAGAAAUGCCUCGAUCGUCAGACAGCGUUGAAAAAUUCAUUCAAGAUGAAAUUAUGCCUAAGGUAUCAGGCGUGAUGAAACUGAGAGAUGACGAGACGGCUGUUCUUAGAAUACCACUUGCAGAGGCUCUAGUUCACUCUAUUUUGGCUCUUGAUCAUCAAAGCAGAAUUUUGCUUUUGCCUGCGAUCCUGACCGGUGUCUGUCAGGUCUUACGCAGCCGCUCAGAGGAACUGCGCGAAGCGGCCAGGCGCGUCUUGACGAAAAUAACACAAUUGCUGGGGCCUGAUUAUUUCGUAUUCAUUGUGAAAGAGCUGAAAAGUGCUUUACAGAGGGGGUCUCAAAUUCAUGUACUAAGUUACACAGUCCAUCACCUCCUGGUGGAGCUCAAUGAGCGUUUAGAAUCUGGAGAUUUGGAUGUUGCCACGGACCUACUAGUUAGUGUCAUCAUGGAGGACCUUUUUGGUAGUGCGAGCGAGGAGAAAGAAGCAGAGGGCUAUGCAUCGAAGGCCAAGAUGAAAGAAGUGAAAUUUAACAAGAGUUACGACACUGGAGAACUUUUGGCGUCCAAAAUAUCUUUACAGGCGUUUGGAUCUGUUAUUCACCCCAUUAAAGUUUUACUAUCAGAACAGCUAUCUCUGAAAACUCAAAGAAAACUUGACGAGCUUUUGCGUAGAUAUGCUCUCGGUCUGAAUCACAAUACGCGCACUUCCUCGAUAGAUGCCUUGACAAUGUGCUACGAAAUUUACAUGCAAUCAACCCGGAAUCAACGUGAAGGGGUCGCACAAAGAAAUGAGGAUAUGGUAAAAGGUACUCUGUCGGAUUCAUCAAAAUUCUUCUUGGUUGACUUGAAGGCGAGGAAAGACAAAGUUUUGAAUGACCCUCAACACUUGCUGUCCACUCUCCAAAAAUUUGCUUUUGACCUACUCAGAACAACUUUAGUGAGAAAUAAGGACAUGCUGAUUGACACUUAUCUCGAGGGCUUUAUUCCUCUGUUGCAAGAGGCCCUUUCAUCGGAUGAUGAAGGAUUACUUCUCAGUACCCUCAGACUCUUGAUAGUGUUAGCCAAAGGCAGCCUUUCGGAAGCCUUCGAUGGACUGUUUAAGAACAGCGCCAGAAAGACUUUGACUUUAAUCAAAGAAUCGCCGUCAACCUCCACUGAAAUUUGUCAAAUGAGCUUAAAGUAUCUCUCGAUUGCCAUACGUCAUCGUGAAAUCGGUCUCAAAGAGACGGCGCUCGGUUACAUUUUGAAUAAAAUCAAACCUGACCUUAAUGAACCAAAUAAGCAAGGUUUAGCAUUCGGCUUUCUACGAUCUUUGAUAUCGAAGCACGUAAUGAUCGCUGAAAUUUAUGAUGUCGCAGGUGUUGUCUCUGAAGUCAUGGUAACCAAUCACUCUCGUGAAAUCAGGGAUAUCUCUAGGAGUGUGUUUUACCAGUUUUUGAUGGAGUAUGAUCAAAGCAGAGGUCGCUUAGAAAAGCAAUUCAAGUUCAUGCUUUCGAACCUGGAGUAUCCUUCGCAAGAGGGCCGCCAAUCUGUCAUGGAGCUUUUGAACUUGAUAGUAAACAAAAGUUCAGAUGAUCUCUUGAAAAGACUUUCAUCUUCAUUUUUCCUUUCGCUGGCCAGCGUUUCACUUAAUGACUCCUCCCCGCGCUGCCGAGAGAUGGCAAGCUCUCUCAUUUCGAACAUUGUUGAAAAGUUGGGUUUUCAGAACGUCAUAACUAUUGAAAAAUAUGUUAUUGCGUGGCUCAAGCAAAAUUCUCCCUCUUUCUCCAAUCUAGGACUUCGCAUCGCCAAAAUUUUGUAUGCCACCUUGGGUUUUGGUCAAAAUGAUCAGAUGGACCUCCUUGUCAUUGAGCGGAUCAAUGGCAUUUUCGCUGAGACAGACGUUGGCUCUGGAGCAGAGUGGGAUAUUGUUUAUACGGCUCACAACAUCCUUGAAGUUCUGGCGACCAGGUCCACCAUCGUCUACGAAGCGCGAUUUGAAAUUAUGUGGCGUAAAGUGAUAAUGUGUUUGCUAUUCCCCCAUCCGUGGGUUCGCUCUGCAGCUGCCCGAUUAAUCAAUUUAGCUCUGAGAACUCAGAAGGAGUUUAGCCGUCCGUUCAAUGUCGAGGAAAUUCAACUAAUAGCGACAAGGACAUUACGUCAAAUUGGGGCACCCUCUUUGUCAGAGACAUUAGCGGAAUUAGCAUUGAAAAACUUGACGAUCAUUCUUUCUGAAUGGCGGGAAAACACUCCAAAUUUAUUCGACGCUGCAGAAACUGAAGGCGCAGCGCAUGUUGAUGCCAUUGAUUUUGUCAUAUCUAGAACCGCUUCGAUGUUAAGAAAGGAGCCGUGCUCAGAUGAGACUUUUGUUUCAAAAAAGACAUGUAUUCAGUUUUUUGCCUUGGCAGCUCAGCUACUUUCCGCAGCAAAGCUUGCAGGGCUUGCUUAUAAAAUCAUGAUGGGCCUCUAUAUGUUCUUGGAGUUCGAUGACCUGGGUGGAGAUGAGAAAGUCCAAUCCCUGCGCGAUCUGUCCCAAGAAUGCCUUCAAAUUCUGGAGUCCAAAAUGAAUAUUUCAGACUAUACCACUGCUUUCACGAAGGUGAAGCAAGAAGUCAUUAAAAGAAGACAGGAGAGAAAAGCGAGAAGAGCAACGCUAGCUGUCGCCAAUCCGGAAAUUGCAGCGAGAAGAAAAUUGAAAAAGCACGCGAGGUCGAGAGAAAAACGGAAGCAUGAAAAAGAUGCAAGUGGGUUUUACCGCCCGAAGAGAAGCAAAAAUCAAUAG